AUGGCAUCAUCAACAAUUCUUUCUAGGAAAAUGAUUAAACUUUUAUCCCCUACUCCUCCUUCACUUAGACAACACAAUCUUUCUUUAAUGGAUUGCAUAAAUCUUCCUCAAUAUUCACCAAUGGCCUUAUUGUACCCCAAACCUGAAAAUUAUAACAAAAACCAAAUAUCACAAAUUCUUGAAAACUCCCUUUCAAAAGUAUUAUCCUCUUAUUAUCCCUUUGCGGGACGAAUCAAGGAUAAUAAUACCUAUGUCGAUUGUGAUGACACAGGUGCUGAGUAUUUAAAUGUCAAAAUCAAUUGUUCAAUGUCCGAAAUUCUCAACAACUCUUCUAAUGAUGUUGCGGAUGUAGUCUUCCAACAAGACUUGCCUUGGUGUAGUACCUUGAAUCGAAGUCCACUAGUGGUUCAAUUAAGUCAUUUUGAUUGUGGCGGAAUAGCAGUCAGUGCAUGUAUGUCACAUAAAAUUGCUGAUGGAUAUAGUUUUGCUAAAUUCAUUAAUGAUUGGGCCACUACAGCUCGACACGUGGAUUUCAAACCAUCUCCUCAAUUUAAUGCAUCUACUUUUUUUCCACUAAUGGAUGGUGGUCCAAAUAUUAUGUCUAUAAAUGCUUCACCUGAAUCACAACAACAACAUGUGUCAAGAAUGUACAAUUUCUCAUCCUCAAAUUUGACAAGACUCAAAAAUAGUAUUACAGGAAUACAAAAUCCAACUCGUGUUGAAGUUGCCACAGCACUUAUUCAUAAAUGUGGGGCGACUGCAUCUAUGGAAAAUUUGGGCUUCUUUAAACCAUCUCUAAUGAGCCAGGUAAUAAAUUUACGCCCUCUAAUUCCACUAGACACAAUAGGAAAUGCGACAUGUGGCUAUAGCACAAUAGCAAUGACAGAAAAUGAGAUACAGUUGUCUAACUAUGUUGCUCAGUUGCAAAAAGUUAAACAACAAGUUCGAAACGAGUUGAAGAAUCUAGAUAUGAAUCAGAUAGUCCCAUAUGCACUUGGAAAAAUGAAAGGUGUUGUAGACAUGAUGGAGAAGGAUAUAUUUGAUAUUUAUUUAUCAACAAGUGUGUGCAAUUUUGGAUUAUAUAGUAAGAAUAAUUUUGGAUGGGGUAGCCCUAUAAAAGUUACAUAUACAAAAUAUCCAGUGAAGAAAAGUAUCAUGCUUUUUGAUGACCCGAGUGAAGAAGGGAUAGAUGCACUAAUCACAUUACCAGAAGAUGAAAUGUUAAUUUUUCAGAAGGACAAAGAGCUUCUAAAGUAUACUUCUCCAAUUCCUGGUACAGCCAAAUAA